AGACUGGACGUUAACGCGGCCGAGUGCACGCAACACACAAACCAGUGAUAGGCAUGGACACACCUGGCCUCGAUUAACUACCAUGGCGGUCAAACACCUUUAAUUUGGGGCGUGGACUACCACACAGUGCAUACUGGUGUCUUCAUGGACUCUUCACCUUUUGUAUGCCACUGGAUGACUUAUGAUCGGUAACUUAGUUCCUGCCAGGGUCGAACACACACAGUUGCGGUCAGACCAGGUGACAAAUUAACACUGUUGUAACCCGAAACCCCUUGUGUGACGACAGCACACACACACACACACUCACAGUCGAAAGGUUAUUUCUAACACCGUCAAAUUGAGCGUGUGUUUUGACUGUAGAGGUUGUUCGCAGGUGGGACAGUCGUUGCUGGACCAUCGACUUUGUGCAUGUGUAAGCCCGAGUCAUAUUGUGGCAGCGAAAAUACCCCGGAUUACCGCUAAUGUCGAGACCUGAAUUUGACCAACAUCAUGCCAACAGAAAACUCAGACGCCAUUGAUUGUGAAUUGGUACUACACGACGACAGUAACAGUGCGAGUGUCAGUCUACUGGCAGUCCAGGAUCCGGACUGUCGUUGCGCUGACAGUGAUGAGGGACUGACCACCCAGUCGUCUGACUCCACGAAUGAUGAGACGACUUCCUCCAACGUCGACAGAGGCUGGGCAUGGGUUGUCUUGUGCGGGUGUUUCGUCCAAAACAUGCUGCUCAUCGGAUACAUCAAGUCGUUUGGGAUCAUGUUGGUCGAGUUCCAGGAGGCGUUCCAAGAGAGCGCUUCCAUGACAACGAUGGUGUUGGGGGUGCAGCAGAUAGUCUUCAGCAUAGCGUCCAUUUUAAUUAUGAACGGUUUGAUGGGAAAGGUGACUGUACGGAGCAUAGCAGUUGUUGGAUCCGCCCUGUCGGCUCUGGGGGCGUGUCUCAGUGCGUUUGCAUCUGGCGUCGGGUUUCUCAUCUUUUCACACGGAUGUCUUUUCGGUCUUGGCCUGGCCAUGGUGUACGGGCCGAGCACCGUUCUGCUGACGCAGUACUUCAGGUGUUAUCUGCGCAUAGCCACGGCUCUCGCUAACUGUGCUAUGUCCGUGGGCUGCAUACUGAUGGCGCCGUUCUUCACCUACCUUUUGCAGGAGUACGGGCGGCGCGGCACCAUGCUGCUUGUCGGGGCCGUCAUGUCACACGCCGUGUUGUGCUCGGCGCUCUUGAGACCGCUACACAGCGAGCGAGAGAAACGAAUACAAGGUGGCCGGGAUUCUGUAGCCGACGAGAAAUCACCAAUGGUGGGCAAGUAUACUUCAAGUGACAGGGAAUCAACAAUGGUAGAUAGUUGUAUUCUAAGCGACAAGGAGCAAAAUAGUGUGGAUAUUUGUAUUUCAAGUGACAAGGAAGCAAAAAUGGUGGACAGUUAUAUUUCAAAUGACAAAGAAACAAUAAUGGUGGAUAGUUAUAUUUCAAAUGACAAAGAAACAAAAAUGGUGGACAGUUGUAUUUCAAAUGACAAAGAAACAAUAAUGGUGGAUAGUUGUACUUCAAAUGAUAAGAAAUUAAAAAUGGAAGACAGUUAUACUUCAAACGACAGCAAACCAACAAUGGCGGCCAGUUAUACUUCAAGCGAGGUCAAUGUGUGUCAGUUUCUCUAUGACAAAAUUGCAGACGAUAAAACCAACAUGGCUAAUGGUGUAACACACAUCCGCGGAGGGUGUCAGUGUAUAGGUUCUGAAGACCAGAUACAAACCUUCCUGGCGGACUGUCCGAGAGUCAACACUGAUGUCAUCUAUUCGUCAGUGCCACUGCUUUCGUUAACAGGUUUACGUCACUGCGAUGAAAGCAAUGCCAGUCAGUGUAGCAGCGGGAAGAGUCUAAACCUCUUCAGCAAGCGCUCAACGAGAAUAUGUCGCCUGGUUGACGGGAUACAGCCUAAACUGAUGUCGGUGAAUUCAGGUCGAAGAAAGCCCGAUGGUAAUUUAGCCCGCACUGUGGCAGGUCGACGUAAUCAGGCUGACAGUCUACCCUGUGUUUGGCAAGAUGCACCAUCAUACUUAAGUACAUCUUCUAUGCACAUUGCAAGUCUGGAAUCAUUCCAUUUUGCCAGUCUUCCAAUCAUCGGACAGACAAACGCAAAGGUGUCAUCACCCCCUCGCCUACAAUCUUCACAAAAUAUAUGCGAAAGAAAACCCGAUGUUUCGAACACCAAAAUAAACAUAUUCUUACAACUGGUAAAAAACAUUGACCUUUCUCUGUUCAGAAAUCUUCAUUUCCUCAUCAUCUUCUGCAUGACGACGUGUGCAAUCGUCGGGUACGCGAUGUUCGGUCUCUUCAUCCCUUCGCUAGCCGAGGAGAGAGGCUUAUCUCCCUUCCAGACGAGCACGCUGCUCAGUGUGAUCGCUGGCCUUGACCUCUGCUCUCGGCUGUUGGCGGGAAUCAUCGCCGAGAUGAGGUGGAUGGAGCCCCGCCUGAUGCUGGCAGCGGCGUUCCUCGUGCUGGGCGUGGCGUUCCAGUUCGUCGCCUUGUACACCAGCUACCAGCACCUGCUCGUCUUCGUGGCGGGGUUCGGCCUCCUGGGAGGAUCCUACGCCAGUCUACAUCCAAUCAUUAUCGUGGAUUUCCUCGGCGUCGAGCAGUUCGCGAAAGCCUUCGGGUUUGUCUUGGUCGUCAACGGAGCUUCGCAGUCGAUAAACUAUCCCAUCAUAGGGAUGCUACAUGACGUCACGGGAACCUACAACACCUGUUUCAACUAUCUGGGAGCCACUCUUCUGACAGCAUCUGCUGCUCUGUUUCUCGAACCACUUGUUAGGAAGGUGAAGAUGAGGAAUCGGGACACUAAAACUGUCAAGGCAAACCACUGACAGACACAAUCACACAGUGUGGACGUAGGCGUAUGGGCUCCCGUGUGUGUGUGUGUGGGGGGGGGGGGGGGGGGGACUGUUUUCUGCCAGAAUUAAACGAAAAUGCCAGUCUGCUUAACAAUAAUUAUUCAUAUUAACAUUACUGCCAAACAGCUAUAUUGGGUUACAAAAAAAAUCAGCUUAGCACAGUUUGCCCGAAUUUUUCUAUGAUUUUUUGCACCCCCCCCCCCCCCCCCCCCCCCCCCCCCCGUCUCGUAUGCUUACGAGUGUGGGGAAUUCGUGAAAUGUUACUUGUUUUUGUUUGACAUAUAUAACAUAUAGUAUUAUAUAUAUAUUGAUAAAAUAUUAAUAAAAAUAUUACAUUA